AUGUUCAUCAGUUCCAGCAUAACAAUGAAGCAAGAGGCGCACGAUCCUUGCAGUCACUCAAAUGGAACUCCUAGAGUGCUUCUCGUAGUGUCAAAGUGUCCCGGAUUAGUGUGCUGUGGCAUCGUCAGUGCCUGGACAUGGAGCGCCACUCUCCUUCAGUCUAGUACUGCAGCCUAUAUACAUUUGGUGUCAGCGGCCCUUGGUCAGUGGUAUGGUGCGGGCGGUUCUAUCCAAGUUGCAAUGUUUGGAAUGGUGGCCGCUAAAGUCAAAAUGAAUGCAAAUGGCGCUCACAUGUUCUUGGAGAUCGUCAAAGUUUGCUUUGGUACCACGGCCCACAUCGUUUUCACCAUCUAUGCGUCCUUGUUUUGUGUUUUAGCGGGAGGCGCAGCUAGUGUGAACGCCCUCACCGGCAUGAACUUACUUGCUGCGUAUUUUCUUUUGCAAUUAGCAUUGCGGUUAAGUGAAGUCUCCACGUGCAUAGAAUCUGCGCAAAUAAAGCGGGACAUCAUCGGAGAUCGGCAGCGUAGCUUUCAGGAUUUGCGGGAUAUUGGCAAAGGACUGAAUCAUGUGUCCGUCAACCUCAAGGCAAUUAUGCUCGGUGGACUUUCCUGGUUUGCCGUUCCUUGGGCUUUCGGGUCAUGCCUCGAUCUGAGUGCCCUCUUCUCGUCAUCCGCCAACACCAAUACAAUGUCCCCUCCUUUGUUCCCGACAUACCCAUUCCCUCUGUCACCAGAGCAGACAAGUGCAGGAAUCGCCGCACCGGCUGCAGCUGCCGUGCUGAUGGGAAAGGGCGGAGCUAUGGCGCUGUUAUUGGUCGUUUUCAUGGCGGUGACUUCUGCUGCCGGCGCCGAAUUCAUCGCCGUAUCCAGUGUUGUCAUCUAUCGUACCUACUGGAAUCCACAGGCGACGGGUGCGAAGAUUCUCCACACAGUGAACGUCGACCUGGGUUGGGUGAGAACAUUCCCUGAUAUAAUUCCAUCGGGACUAAACCGAGUUGCUUCAGUUGUACUACGUUCAGCUCACGCGAGCCGGGCUUUCACUAUGUGGUUCCAUUAUGGGAGCAAUUCUCGGGAUGCUGGCAUGGAUGAUCGGAUGCUAGAAGAUCAAUGGCGCCAUCACCAUCACGAACCUCGCAUUGCCAAUAUCGGCCAACCUGAUAAUUACGAUUUCGAAGGGACUAGGGCUAUAGCAAUGCUGAACAGUUCGGAAAAUAACGACCCCGAUUCGGACGUGGUAUCUGGCGAGAAGCGUGAAAAAUCAAAUUUCGAGGUAGGGCCUACGGAUGUUACUCAAGAGGACCCCCUUUGCCGCGAAACCCUGCAGAGGGUGUUCAGGCGAGCGGCAUGGUAUUCAAAUCAGCAAUGUCCGCGAUUGUCAUUCUUAUCGGGUGGUUACACUGCAUGCGUUGUCAUGGGGGAAUCUCACAGACCUUCCAGUCCCGUUAUCCGUGUUUUUCUCGCUCUACGUGUUCAGCGAGCGGUUUUACACAUUUUGGGUGGCAUGCUCUAUUGUGUGGGUUUUCAUGAGCGGGACGUUCAGCGUUAUUCUUCCCUUGCUGGAGCCGUGGAGGGAGAUGGCAGCGAUCUUGAAGAGACCUGGACGGCUCGUGACUACAAAAUUGUAAUCGUGGACCCACAUUUUACGUCAAGGCUGAACGGCGGACGGCAUAUUCUUCGGAUUAUCCCUAAAAUGUUAAUUGGCCCUGAGCAUCGGCGGCGCGGCUGCAAUAUUGCAAUGUCAAUCCGACUCAAUGACUCGAAAUUUGACUUCGGGGGCCUUUCAACGUUUCAACAAUUCGCUGGGAUCGGCUGCCGUUCAUCCUGUAAUAUUAAAAACAUGAUGUUCUUCGGCUUCACGUCGGGCGCACGGUGCGCUUAUGGCGUGCCAGUCAGGGAUCUUUGUAAUGACGAGUUUGGUUUACAAUCAUUAGCCAUCGUGGACGUCCUCAUGAUCCUCGAAUAUUUCUGGUUUGUUUCUGAUGAAUUCCGCCUGGUCUGGCCGCGAGUUCGGAAGAGCAUCGAAGCCAAGCUUUUUCUAGUAACCAGGAUGCAAUCGGGAGUUUCCAACGAUGCGAAAGAUUGCAGAUCAUGGUACUCGUACCAGACCGCGAUGAUCCAGUGGCUGCUACUUGCAGUGGAGGUAAUACUCAUGCGGCAGGUGUACAAGAUAUUCCAAAAGGACAAGUAUAUCACUGGUCUCUUGUUCGUCUUCGCUGGUGCACAAAUUGCCGCUAUGGCAUGGCGAUACUUCCGAGGCACAUCUCGCUUGUCGGAAGUUUCACGUGAUUGGCUCAAAAUCACGGUUCGCGACGGCUCCUGCACGACUAUUGCAGUGAUAGAUGAGUGGAAACAUUGUUUUUUAGUUGGACGCAUAGUUAUUAACCAAGAGAAAUUCCGCGAAAGCCAAAAGUCCCAGAAGAGUGAUGGUAAUGAUCCACAUGGGUGGACUACCUUGCUCGAGGUGGAGCCUGAAGGCAUUGCACCUUUUGAUGACCCCGAUGCAUAUCCCGAGAGCCCCUCUGACUUGAAGGUCGAAUCGACGACCCACGUCUCUACCUCGUUUGACUCUGAGUCAGAUGUAGGAACGACAGAUAUCACUGACGAACGCCCUUGCGAGAUGGCGGAGGAUGAUAUGUCGCCGUCGGGCUGCUCGCUCACAUUCACGCAUACGGAAACAGGCAUUAGUGGUGAGGGUUCUGGCUCUAGGAAUUAA